UAAAUAGUUCUGAAUUGUAACUGUAUUAUUCAGCUAAAUGGAAGUCCAUGUAUAAAUAUCGAAAUAUUAAUUUAAAUUUAGUAGUCUAGAAUCAACUCUUCUCUUUUUCAUAUUAUUGGUAUGUACAGAGCUUAUCUAAAAGAACUAGACACUAAAAACAGAAUGGCUUCAUCAAAAGCAGCUAGCAAAUUGAAAGCUAUAUUAUUCCUAGGAACAGUCAGAGAAAAUCGAGUUGGAUUACGAGUUGCAAGAUUUAUGCAGAAACAGCUUGAAAAAAGAAAUUAUGAGGUUGAAAUGUUUGAUCCAUUGGAGAUGAAAUUCCCCCUUCUGCAAAAGCCAGUACAUUUCUAUGGCCCAGAAAGAACAGGAGCUCCUGAGUGGCUUCAGGAGGCUGAAAAGAAGAUCAAGGCAGCUGAUGCUUUUGUCAUUGUAUCUGGGGAGUAUAACCACUCCAUACCCCCAGCAUUGUCUAACAUGUUGGAUCAUUUUCCUGGAUCAAUAUUUUCAUACAAACCAAGUGCAAUAGUGUGUUAUUCUCCAGGUAUUUAUGGAGGGAUGAGGGCUGCCAUGGCAUUGAGACCACUGCUCAGUGAAAUAGGAACAUUAUCUGUAUCUAAUAUAUUUGGGAUUCCAGAAGUUCACAAAGCCCUGGAUGAGGAAGGUGUCCCCAAAAAUGACCAUAUGGAAAAGGGUGCAGGCAAACUUCUGGACCAGUUAGACUGGUAUGCAACAGCCAUGAAAAAUCAUAGGAACACUGCCGGAGUACCUCAAUAAACUGUCAUCUGCUUAUAGGACUUAGUCAUAACAUACUUACUCAAAACAGACUUAGUCAAAAAACAUACUUAGUCACAAUCUGUAUAUGAAUUUAAGUUGAAGUUUCCCUUUUUAUUUCUAUUGCUGUUUCUAUGUAUUAUUUAAAUAAUAAUUGCAGUGGAAUGUGAUUAAUUUUUAAAAUCUGGUUACUGUAAACUAACUGAUUUUCGAGUUAAGAAAACUUUGACAAUUUAAUUUGCAAUUUUUAAAUUUAUUUGGGUUGUGAAAUUAGGAAAGAUUUACAUAUAAGAUUUACACAUAUAUUCAAAAUAUUUUGAUACUUCUGUUAAUCGUAAAAAAAAUCCUAGCGAAAAUUAUUUGGUAUACCAUGUAUACAGUUCUUUUAGUUAUAUUGUAUGAAAUAAAUGAUUGCUUUCUGGCGAAAAAGCUAGUUGAAGCAGGCUCUUAAGCUUUGCUGUUGCAAAAAUGUUACUAAAAAAGUUUGAUUGUAAUCCAAGUUUGAAUAAAAGUAACAAUUAUGAAUAAUUUAGAACAGGAAUUUAAAUGGAAAAGAAAUCAUAUUUAAAGCAUUUUAUUUCAGUACAACUACAAAUUGCUGUUACACCCAACACAAUGAACAAGUAGUAUACUUUUACA